AUGCUGAGAGAAAGCUCCACAGUAGUUCUAUUUAAAAAGAAAAAACGUCUUCAGGACUUAUUCUGUGAACUGGCACCUGUUUACCUGAUUGAAAAUUCUUCUGAUUUGCAUCCUGAGCUUGAUACAAGACCCCGACAACCAGGUAAGCCUCCAGAUCCAGGACCACCAAGUUUAAGUAAAAGCAGAACAGUAGAUGCGCUGAAGACAGAACAACGGGCACCUGCACGGAGCCCUUCUUCUAUUAGUCUGAGGGAAUCGAAGUCCAGGACUGAUUUUAAAGAAGAUCAGAAGCCAAGUAUGAUGCCCAGUUUUCUUUCAGAAGCCAAUCCAUUGAGUGCAGUCACUUCAGUUGUGAACAAAUUCAAUCCUUUUGAUUUGAUAUCAGAUUCAGAUGCAGCCCAAGAAGCCAGUAGGAAACAAAAGGUUACCCCAAAGGAGCAAGGCAAACCUGAGGAGCAGAGGGGCCUUGCAAAACAUCCAGCUCAACAACAGCCUCCAAAGCCAGCUGUUCAACAACAAGGACCUGCCAGACCUACUCCCCAGCAAACUGAGUCUUCCAAACCAGUGCCUCAGCAGCAGCAGCAGCCUGGGGAACCAAAGCAAGUUCAGAAACCAGGCCCUGGUCACCCGGCAGACUCAAAGGUAGAACAGAAACAACCACCCCAGCCACGAGGACCACAAAAAUCUCAGCCACAGCAGUCAGAACCAUCGAAGCCCGUUCAACAUCAGCUGUCUGCAAAACCUUCAUCAGGCCCAGCAAAACCAUCAUCACAGCAAGCAGACAAUGUUAGACCAUCAUCGCAAGCCCCACCUUCGACAAAACCAUCAUCGCAACAGCCAGGAUCUGUAAAACAACCAUCUCAGCAGCCAGCACGGCAAGGAGGUCCUGUAAAGCCAUCUUCACAGCAAGCAGGGCCUCCAAAGCAGCCUUCUCAACAACCUGGACCUGAAAAGCCAUCUGCUCAGCAAACAGGACCAGCAAAACAACCAUCGCAGCCUGGACCUGGGAAGCCACCUCCACAGCAAACAGGACUUGUAAAACAAGUGCCACCACAGGCAGGGCCAGCAAAACCAUCUUCUCAGCCUGCAGGGGCCACAAAGCCCCUGGCACAACAGCCAGGACCUACAAAACCACCAAGCCAGCAACCAGGGCCUGAAAAGCCCUUGCAGCAAAAGCAAGCUGGUGCAACCCAACCUACUGAGUCAGCCCCAAAGAAAACCUUCUGUCCUCUUUGCACAACCACUGAACUUCUGCUCCAUGCUCCAGAAAAGGCCAAUUACAACACAUGCACGCAGUGUCAUACUGUAGUCUGCAGCCUGUGUGGAUUCAAUCCCAAUCCUCAUAUAACAGAGAUUAAUGAAUGGCUCUGUUUAAACUGCCAGAUGCAAAGAGCAUUAGGUGGUGACCUAGCACCAGGUCAUGGUCCUGGGCCACAGCCACCUCCACCCAAACAGAAGACACCCAUUCCAUCUUCCCCAGCUAAACCAUCUCCCCAGCCACAGCCAGCUCAAAAGAAAGAUGCUUCUCCAAAACCUGAUCCUUCUCAGUUGGCAGAAUCAAAGAAACCCCUGCCACAGAAAAAGCAACCCUCCUUGCCUGGGUCUCCCCCUGUAAAAUCGAAACAACUCCGUGCUGAGCCAACUGAGACCUCCCAGCAAAUAGAUCCUACUCCAAAGUCUGAUCAGGCCAAGCCAACACAGGCUGAAGAUAAGCAAAAACAACCCAGUAUACGGAAGCCAACAGCAGACACUGUGCCUACCUCUGCAGCACCAGGGCCGAAACAGGAGUUGGCAGGUCCCAGACCGCCACCAACUCAACAGAAAGUGAUAGAUUCCCCAAAGCCAGAGCUUGCCAAGCCGCCACAGGACACACAGCCAGCUGGGGACAAACCAGAUUCCAAACCUCUUCCACAAAUGUCUCGGCAGAAGUCAGAUCCCAAGCUUACAUCUCAGCCUGGGGCUAGACCAGAUGCUAAAAUUCAGAAGCCUCCUGAGCCAACACAGGCAAAAGAUGAUCCUAAGAAGUUACAAACAAAACCGUCCCCAAAGCCUGAUGCCAAACCAGCUCCCAAGGGCCCACAAGCAGGGGCAGGUCCCAAGCCAGUGCCAGCCCAGCCGGCACCUCAACCCCAGCCUCCUCAGAAAACUCCAGAGCAGCCAAGGCGUUUCAGCCUUAAUCUAGGAGGCAUCACUGAUGCCCCUAAGCCUCAGCCUACAACACCACAAGAAACAGUCACUGGGAAACUUUUUGGAUUUGGAGCUUCAAUCUUCAGCCAGGCCUCAAAUUUAAUCUCCACAGCGGGUCAGCCAGGGUCUCAGACAUCAGCCCCUGCUCCGACCGGUCCUGCAGUGAAACAGCCUCAGCCUCCAUCACAGCCUCCAGCCUCUCAGGCAGCUCCCAAAGGAGCUGGUCAGGCUCAGCCUCUUCCAAAAGCUGUUCCUGUGAAGAAAGAAGCCAAGCCUCCUAUGGCUGAAAAAACAGAGCCAUCAAAAGUGGAUAGUGUUUUAACAGCUAAAGUGUCUGAUUUAGAAAAGAAACCUGGUUUAGCUAAAGAUAGCAAGCCUCAGGCUGCUGAAGCGAAGAAACCUGCUGGGCUGUUGGAACCAGAGAAAGCCAGCCAGCCUAAAGAGUCUUGUCCCCUUUGCAAAACUGGACUAAAUAUCGGUUCUAAGGAUCCCCCCAACUUUAAUACAUGUACAGAAUGCAAGAAAGUUGUCUGCAAUCUCUGUGGAUUUAACCCGAUGCCUCACAUAGCAGAG